AUGUCCCCCAGAAUCUUUCGAAUUGUCGUUCUGCCAGGUGAUGGAAUUGGCCCCGAAGUCGUAGCUGAGGCCAUCAAAGUUCUCCAAUUAAUCAAUUCUACAUCGACCGAUUUCGAACUCAAAUUAGAGGAACACCAAUUCGGCGGUGCUGCUAUAGAUGCUGUCGGUGAACCUCUACCACCUUCAACGUUAAAGGCGUGUCAAGAGGCAGAUGCCAUUCUCAUGGGUUCAAUCGGAGGACCCAAAUGGGGCGUAGACGCCAAAAUCAGGCCAGAACCUGGCCUCCUCACUCUCCGAAAAACGCUCGGUCUCUACGCUAACAUCCGUCCCGCAAAUUUUGCUUCAGAAGGUCUUCUUGAAUAUACACCUCUUCGACCAGAAGUUGCUCGAGGUUUCGAUACAGUUGUUGUGCGUGAACUCAUCGGAGGGUUAUACUUUGGCAAGAGAAAGGAGGCCAGUGCGGAGCCAGACAUUGGAACGGCUUGGGACAAUAUGAUUUAUAGUGAAGCUGAAAUUCAGCGUAUCACUCGGGUAGCUGCUCAGAUCGCUUUAUCGACGAACCCACCGAUGGAGAUACACUCGAUCGACAAAGCGAAUGUGUUGGCUUGUUCACGGUUAUGGAGGAAAACUGUGACGGAGACUCUGACAAAAGAGUUUCCUCAAAUUAAAUUUGACCAUCAACUUGUCGAUUCCACGGCAAUGGUCAUGGUAGCCAAUCCACGAAAGUUGAAUGGUGUUAUCCUUACCGAAAAUCUGUUUGGCGAUAUCCUGUCUGAUCAAUCAAGUGUUAUCCCUGGCUCUCUCGGACUAUUACCUUCCGCGUCUCUUGCCGGUGCACCUGUCGAAACAUCUUCCGCUGAUUUCAAACCUACUCCUGGUCUAUACGAGCCCAUCCAUGGUUCUGCCCCGGAUAUUGCUGGCAAGGGUAUCGCCAACCCUAUCGGGACCAUUCUCAGUGCCGCAAUGCUCUUGCGUUACUCACUCGGUCUCGACAAACCCGCAUCAGCCAUCGAGGCUGCUGUACGCAAAGUCCUCGACUUGCCUUCUGCGGGUGGCUAUGGUCUUCGAACUGCAGAUCUCGGGGGAAAAGUUGCUACAACAGAGCUCGGGGAUCAAGUCGUAGAAGCUUUGAAAGAGAUUCUAUAG